CACAUGCCGUACGGUACGGUACGGUAGCGUACCGGUACGACAGCAUCGUAAAUUGAAUUGAAUAGAACACAGUGACAACACUAACGUUAGAUUGUAUCGCUCUAACUAUCAAAACGACAGAACCGAUAAACUACAAAAACAUCAACCAUGAGAUCAACAGCAGYAACCACAACAGUGGUAUUAAUGGCAGCAUUGUCGACCACAGCGAAUGGAUUUUCAUUGCCUUCGGUGAAGACGUCUUCUAGUCCCGCCACUGUGGUGAAAAUGGCGAGCGGCGGCAAGGGAUUUGGAAACACCCCGGCGCCGGAACCCCCGAAAAAGAAAAAGUCRCCUCCUCCGGUUGCCAGCGCGCAACAACAGCCAGAACAAGGAGAGGAGAAGGAAAUUUACAACCCGUUCGACGACCGAAACCCGACACCCAYCGACACCUCCCGCGGAAAGGCCGCCCUCGAGCAAAUGCGCCGCGAAAAGGCCGAGCAGCGCAACGCCGAGCUGCAAAAGAUGAACGAGGUCGUGCAGCAAGACCAGCUGGUGCGCGAGUCGGGCGGAGAAGCCGCCGUCAUUCCCGAAAAGGUCGCACAGCGAAUGGGAAAGCGCAUGCUCCCCUUUGUGGGRAUCCCGCUCUUUGGUUCCAUGGGGGCCUUUGUCUUUUUCUGGUACAUGGCAACCUAUCGGGACAUGGAAUUCCARCCCGUAUUGGUGGCCGGAACGACGAUCGCUUUGCUAGCGAUCGGAUUGGUUGUACGUGCCCACAUGUCUCGAAGCCUAUCCCUUGCGUGGGAUUGAUACGAAAACGACAACGUUUGGAUUUAUGAGCCUGUUUUGCCSGAGAAGAACGUCGGAGACGUUGUGAAGGAUUCGAUUAUUGUGUCCYUUUUUCCUUUUCGCCCGUCCCUCAUUUUUCUUUCUCCUUUCUUUCGUUUGUACGUCGAAAUGUGGUGCGGAUGCAAUCCCAUACACCRAAAGGGUAUUACGUACUCAAUGAUGAGUGCCUCUUGGGAUCCUGAACGGGAAGGCUCUGUCCUCGGAGGGGAUGAAUUUUCUCGCAAUGUUAACAACAUUAAGGAAGGUCUCGGCCGAUCAAGAGAGAACGCCCAGAUUCGAGAGCAAAUGAUGUUUGAGGACAAUAUUGCCAUGCAAAAGCAGGCGAAAGAGAAAAAGGCAUCGCCAACCUCAUUUGCCGAAAAAAUGGGGGACGGAAUGGAGUAAACAACGAAGCGAAAAAAUGCGACUAUUCGGACCAGUAAUUUUGACAAACGUUGUACAGCAMAGUUCGGCAGGAUAGAAUACGAYACGAYACGACACGAUACAAUAUGACACAAAACAUUACAUUGCAAAAACACUAUUAUGCCCUUGCAACAGCAUUACUGCGUGCAACACAUAUUAUACAAGCGCACUACGAUAAUGAUGCAAGUGCAUCGCACGUCACAAUAAAGUUCUUGAGUAGCGGAAUGGGCAAUUCAAGCCAAAGAUUGAUGUCUCGAUUGGAUUAAUUGAUAUGAUUUUCUACAGUCUUAAAGCGAGGUCAUGGCCUUCCAAUUUUUCUAGUCUGCAGCUGUACAAUAGACCCAAGUAAAACAUUCCAGGGUUGAUUCAAUGCUGUYUCUGCUUUGAAGCAAGUUGAAUCGAAUUCUUGAGCUCAUCAAAUCUCUUAGUUCUAGGACUGAGUUAAACUCGCCGUCGUCUCCAUUGAAGCCCUUACUCGUUCCGGAAUGUUCGACGUAGGCCGUCCACUGAGACUAUCGAUGGUGCAGAUCGUACAGAUGCCUUUUGCGAGUAGAAUAGAUCUAUCUUUUUUUU